AUCGGAGAGCUGGAAAUGCACCGUGGGUUAUGCGUAUAGGCCGGCAUGCGCCGACCACGCAUGUCGUAUACUCAUACCGACAUGCGUAGGCCGGCAUUCGUCGGCAGAGAGACGACUGGAGAAGAAAUCAUCUAUCGGUGAUGGAUGACGGCCUUUGUGCGACCGUUCUACAGUGUGAAACCGUUCGCAAGUUCGUCUGGAAUGCUCGCAGAACCCGGACCGCGCUUCCCCUAACGAAGUCGACAGGAGAUCCGCGUACGUGCUCUGUGCUCACAAGGUAAUCAGCUCAGCGAGUUGCAAGCACAAAGAACAGCCAUGGACAAGCUACGCGUGGUGGACUUCCGUUCGGACACGCUGACCAAACCAACACCCGAGAUGCGCCAGGCCAUGAGGGACGCCGAGGUCGGCGACGACGUCUUCAAGGAGGACCCCACCGUCAACGAGCUUGAACGUGUGGUGGCCGAGUUGCUGGGAAAGGAGUCUGCUCUGUUCGUGCCUACGGGGACCAUGGGAAACCUGGCGGCAGUAAUGGCCCACUGUGACCAGAGGGGCCAGGAGAUCCUUGUCGGCGACGCUUCGCACAUAUUUCUCAACGAGCAAGGCGGAGUGGCUCAGGUGGCCGCGGUGCAUAGCUGGGCGGUGCCGACGCAGAAGGACGGUCGUCUCCUCGUGGAAGAUCUGGAGUUCCGAGUGAGGCACAAUGACUUCCACUGCCCCAAGACCGCGCUGCUGUGCUUGGAGAACACGCACAAUGUGUGCGGGGGUACCGUGCUCCCCGUCGACUACUUGGAACAGGCCGCCCGGUUCGCGAAAACUCACAAGAUCCCCCUGCACAUGGACGGCGCCAGAAUCAUGAACGCGGCGACGUAUUUGGGCCUCCCCGUCAAGGACCUCCUCAGCGGUUGCGACACUGUCAUGAUGUGCAUCUCAAAGGGGCUCGCCUGUCCCAUAGGAUCCCUGGUGGCCGGCCCGAAGGAUUUUAUCGACAAGGUGGCCCGAGUGCGCAAGUGCCUGGGCGGAGGCAUGCGCCAGGCGGGCAUCGUGGCUGCGGCAGGCCUCGUCUCCUUCAAGACCAUCGUGCCGAGGCUGCACGAGGACCACGAGAACACGCAGAGGCUCGCCAGGGGCGUCUGUUUGAAAGGCAACCCGUACAUGAGCAUGGACUUGGAGACGGUGCAGACCAACAUGGCCGUCUACGACUUCCACGACAUCAGUCGGCUAUCGCCUGUCACCUUCUGCAAGCGCCUAGAAAAGGUGACGCAGAGGGAGUACGAGGACCUGCAGCAGGCCAUCGCGGUGAAGAUGAUUCCCAUCAGCCACAGCAAGGCCCGCGCCGUGCUCCACAACGACGUGAACGCGGACGACGUGGACGCCGCCGUGCUCAAGAUACGCUACGUCAUCGACGAACUGUGUCAAUCCGCCGGCGCCUAGGCAUACUUCGUGCGGUCGUAUACGCGCAUGCGCAGAGUAGUCGAAAAGCCUCCCUUCCCUGUAUAUGCUUCGUAGUAAACGCCAAUUAAUUAUACGAAAGUGAUCUGCGUCUGCGUGUUUCGUUGCAAAUAAAUGUAAGGUGUUCGUUA